UGACGAGAAGAAUAAUGAAUUGCUUAAUUGACUUCUCAGUAGAGAGCAAACUACCCAGACUAUCUACUGUUGAGGGCGAGACACAAGUUGCGAGUAAAUCAACAGUAGGAAGUAAACAGAAACAGAGAGAAGAAAAGAAAGGCAAGGAGGUAUGUUCAAUAGUACCAAUAUUGUAAGGGGGUUUUGAGAUGGCGAUCAAGACUAAUGCAAGGAGAAAAUCAAUAGUGCGAGUGAUACUACGGUAGUGCCAGAAGCAUAUUUCAACACAUACCCAUCAGAUGACUGCAAUACCUUUACCGGUACUUAUUAUGGAAAAUUGGAUGCGCGCGUCUGAGCGCCCAUACUAAAUCCGGACCUGAAUGUCCUGGUGAUUCACACUAGAUAAGUUACUUGUGCUCGCAGAUGCGGUCGAUAGCCUCAUCCAUACUGCAUUAUCGCCGUCCGCUCCAGUGGUUAAGUUCAUGCUUCCUGCAUCUGGCGCUGGCAUACGGCUUCCUCUAUGGGAUUCCAGUUUAAACUACAUCGCGGCCCUCGUGCCACCCUGAUUUCUCGGUCUGUGCCUUUCCUUGAAGUGGGAGAUCCAGCUGAUGCUUUUUGAUACCUGCUUGUUCUGGAGAUCUCGGAAUUGUGCGGCUCUUAGGGAGACGGAUGUAUCCGGAUAUGUGUUACCCGUGUGAUACUUGAGCUCGCAUCUUGCUUCUCGAUUGCCUGCAGUGAAACGGGGGGGGGGGUUGUAGGCAGAUAGCUCGCCAGCAAGAUUGCUUCAUUUCGGCGCGAGGGGAAAGCGGUCCUGUACGGAGUGCACUGUACAAGUGGGGGGGACUGGUUGAAAUAUCGUGAAAACUGGAAGGAUAACUGGCCUCGCGUUAGGAGUUUGGAGUUUCCUCUGCUAGUAAAUUUGGGAUCUUGUAGUUGUAUACCGGUACUUGUACUGUGGUUUAGAGUUACGAUCAAGUGUUUAUUACCUUACGAUACUGCAAACCGCACAGGGUUGGUGUAACUUAGCAUGGGGUACUGUACGGUACAUACUGGUAUGCUCCCGCAUCAUUCGCGAGGAGAUAAACCGGGAGGUAUGAUAGUUGAUUAAUCAAAAAAGAAUGACCCCGUUUUGCUUAAUAAUCAAGCCUCGGCUCACUCUGGAGCCAGUUUUUCUUCUACUCGAUUAGAAACCGUGAUAAAGAUUGUCCCUGGAUUGACCUCUCCGCCAAAUGUCAUGAGAAUCCCCUAAAUCACAGAGACUAUGAUCCAGACGUCAAUAUCCCGUCAACCUAUGAAUUAGUCAAUUGAUUAUGAUACAACUACUUCGGCGCUUUGCUUCCCUAAGUGCUCUCACAAAAAUAACAUCCACAAUGACCACCCCACUACCGGCGACCGAGCCCCCCCUGACACUAUACACCUCUAUCGCCUCAAUCCGACAAUGGCGCCGCGAGCAAGCGAACCAGCGCAAGAGUGUAGCCAUGAUACCAACAAUGGGCGCUCUGCACGCCGGGCACGCCUCGCUGAUCCGUUCGGCAGCUCGGACCCACAACAGCCUAGUGAUCAGCAUAUUCGUCAACCCCGCGCAGUUUGCUCCGCACGAGGACCUCUCGCGGUACCCGCGCACCCUGACCGCAGACAUCAAGCAGCUGGAAGCUCUGAACGCAGAGUUAUCCUCCCCGGGGUUCCCCUCGAAGGGGAGGAUCGAAGCGCUGUUCGUGCCCUCGGUGCCAGAAAUGUACCCUUCCGGCAUACCCCUGCAACAGGAACUUCAGAAAGGAGCAUUCGUGACCGUCACUCCGCUGUCCAGUCGCCUGGAGGGCAUCACGCGCCCGCACUUUUUUCGUGGCGUGGCGACCGUCUGCAUGAAGCUUUUUAAUAUCCUCCAGCCGGACGAGGCGUACUUUGGACAGAAGGAUGUUCAGCAGACGGUUGUGCUUAGGCGGAUGGUUGGCGACUUGCAUGUUCCUACGAAGAUCAGAGUCGAGGAUACGAUCAGAGAGGAAGACGGGCUGGCGAUGAGCUCUAGGAAUGUCUAUCUUGGUGAGAAGAGGCGGGGCUUUGCGGUGUGCCUUUACAGGGCUCUUAAGGCUGCAGAGGAAGCAUACCUUCAAGAAGUAGCGAAGGGGGCUGCAGUAAUUCCGAGAUGGGUUCUCACAGAACCUGCUGAGAAGAUACUCGCAGAGGCCGGAAGUGAUGAGGUUAGAACUGAGACCGAGUACUUUAGCGUUGCCUGUCCGAGGGAGUUGGAGGAAUUGGAGCAGGUGGAUGUUAAUGUGGGCGCAGUAUUAAGUGGUGCUGUCAGGAUGUUAGCAGCACAGGAGGGCGAGGGCCCGGUUAGGAUUAUCGAUAAUAUCAUCUUGAAGGGUAAAGCAGAGACCGGAACACAACGAGAACAGGCAUCGCAGGAUCCGAGGACCGUAGUCGACGUUUAAAAUAAAUAAAAAGUUAAUCAGAUUCUAAUGUAUUUUUAUUAUUACCUAGAA